CUCAUCGGAAAAUCAAAAGCGACAUUAAAAGGCUUUGUAUAAAUUUUUAAUGAAGGUUAUUAAAUGAACAGUGAAAAUUCUAUUUAAAGUUUAUUAAGUCAAAAUGGAUAAAGUUUGAAAUUUACAAGAUAACACUCGAUGAUUAUAGCACAUUCUGGAAAUUACCAUAAAUUAGUUUAAUUUUAUUUGGUCAGCAGCUUCUAAAAUUAAGUUUAAAUCAAUUUUAAACAGGUUUCAGUUUCUCGUAAACGUAAAGCAUCUGAAUAAAUUGUUAUAUGAUAAAUAUGGCGAUGCAUGAAAAUAUUAACUACAAUUCCCAGAGCAAUCAAUAUGAACCAGGAGUUCAUUAUUUUUCAUGUAAACAAAUCAAAUCUACUUUGAAACAUAAUAAAAAAACAAGUCAUAAGCAGUACGACUCUGCAUAUGCGCGGACUCGGUCAGCAGCAAACUUUCGUGAGCGUCGGCGGAUGCAAUGUUUAAAUGAAGCAUUUGAAGGGCUUCGAACUCAUAUUCCAUCAUUGCCAUACGAGAAAAGAUUGUCCAAAAUAGACACGUUGAAACUGGCUAUCUCUUACAUUCAAUUUUUAGCUGACUUAAUUAAAGACGAUGAAGAAAAGAAAAGAGUUUCCAGCUCUUCAACAAAUCAAAAUCCGGAAAAAAUAUUGAUAUAUAACACUUCCAUAGAAUACGCAAAUAGCAAUGGCCAAUCUUUAAGGUUAAAAGGUCAUUCCCUGUCAUGGAAAAGUAAUAAGCCUCAAUGCAGCAAUGGUGUUGUUAAAACCCGAAAAAUAUGGCGACCAGAGCAGCCAGAAAAUUAACAUUCAUUAAGUUCGUAAAUCAAGAUGCUGUAAAAAAAAUGUUAGAGAGCUAAACAAAAUUUGUGGUUUGUUGAAGAAUGUAGAAAAACAAGAUAAAUAAAGAAAAAAAUGUAGAAAAAAAGCAAACGAAG